UGCGACGGGCGGCACUACCCGCGGGCCAUGCCAGAUAGCCCACAGUGCCCCUGUUCGUUUCAGGUGUCCCGAGGGAUGCUCCUGGAGCUGCUAACGACGCCGCUGGGGCAGUUGGACGCCGAGACCAGGCUCGAGGUAAUGCGCUUCGCCCAGGUGCUGCAGUUCAAACCGGUGUGCCUGCGGCUCAGGCGCUUAGUCGUGGUGAACAGGGAGUUGAGCGUGGCCGCCGCCGCCACCGUGACGACGUACAUCGUGGUGCUCGCGCAGCUCGCGCUCAGCAUGUCCGUGCAGGAGGACCAGGAGGCCCAGUCGCUGUUCUGAGACUCUGAGUCAGGUUGACUCGGCUUUCGGCGUGUUUUGGACGCGGCCUUGGCCGCCCGGCGCCGACUCGCUGACCCCGUUCGACGCGCAGUGCGCGUUAUUCGACGGCGAAUUAUUUAUAGGCCGCUGCGCUCGCCCCGCUCCUUUGCGGAUGUCAUCGAGGCGCUGUUCUGCAAAUAGCGACCCAAUUCCCGCGGACGGGCGUAGCGCCGUCUCUCCCGCCCCGCGGACAGUCCCUACAGUGGACGGCCGGACGCGCGCGCCUUUCGAAGCGACGCGCUAAUCAGAGCAGUGCGAAUAGUGAUAAUGAAUGGCACUGGCGGCGCGGAGGGCCAGAAGCCAGACAGACAGAUGUGAUGACAGUCCCCAAGCUUAUCGGUCGAAGCCUCGUUGUCUCUGCCGCGCCGGCCGGGUUGCCUUCUGGUUGUUUUCCCUUCCCUCGAGAGUCGAGAGAAGGAAGAGGGAAACCCAGAAACACAGGGUCGUGCUGCCAAUAGCGGACUGCGGACUGGCAAUAAUGCAUCCGCCGAGGAAAAAGGAAAACACAUGUUCGACAAACGACAGUCGCUGGUGUGACCAGCACCACUUGGCCAGGGGAGGAUUCGGGCCAAAUCGAUGCAAUGACAGGUUUCAGUAAUUUUCAGCCCAAAAAUGUGCUUUGAAUUGAACUGCUGACUUGAAAACGGGCUCUAACUGUUCGUGAGUCGCCCGCCUGUACUCGUCGAGUUGUGUGGUGUUGAACGAUCGCCCAGGCAGUCUGUUUGUUCAAAGAUGAUUUGAUAAACAAAGAAGGACGCAAGACCGUUCUGCCUCUAGUUACCCUGAAGUUAUUCUGUUAUCUCGCGCUUCACAAUGACUGAUGGAGAGAGACAAUGUUCAGCAGCCGCUGCUUUUAUGAGUAUCUCAUACCCUUGCUUUGUCAAUAUUUUCUAUGUGUGAACGGCCAUUGUGGAUCUGAGAGCACCAAUUUGUCAAUUGGGUCCAGUGUGGGUUCAUCAGGAGGAAAUCGGUGGAAAACCUUCUCAUGACUGGACAAGAUGUAAUUGGGUCUUCACUAACUUUUAGCACCAUGACACUUCCAAGUCUGCCUUUGCAAGGUCCAAGUCAGGGUUUGCAGAGUCAAACCACAGGAGAAUCCAGCCCUAAUCCAAGUCCUCAGCCGAGUCCUCGACCAUCACCUCGUCAGCAACAUAAGAGAGAUAACCAAAAGUCAGACUCUGGAUCUAACACUAAAGAGUCCAGUCCUGCAACUGACAGAAUUGAUGUGAGCAACACUGAACUGGUUCACUCACUUGAAAAAGUCCUUGGUCAAAGUGACAGGAGAUCUGUGGGUUCUUCCUCUCAAGCAAGCUCAAACUCAGCUUCUAGUGGAAAAACAGGCAAACUCAGCAGUGGAUCAAGUUUGGACUUGAGGAAAAGUUCUCGUUCCGUUUCUCGCUCUUGCUCCUCUACAAGUGAUACAUCUUAUCAUACUACUGAGGACAAUGUUAGUAGAGGAUCUGACUCGAGUCAGGCAGAUAUAAGCCGUAGUGUGAGUCACGAGAGUGGGAAAGAAAGGAAAGAAUCAAGAGGAUCUGAUCGCUCAAAAAAGAAGUCAUCUUGGUACAAUAUUCUUUACCCAACGUAUAAAUCCAGAAGUAAAGAUUUCAACAGAAUUUUUAAAGAUGUUCCUCCAGAAGAAAGACUUAUUGUUGAUUAUUCCUGUGCUGUUGCCAAAGAAAUCCUCAUUCAUGGACGUUUGUAUGUUUCACAAAACUUUCUAUGUUUUUAUGCUAAUAUUUUCCGCUGGGAAACAUUGAUUUGUCUACGCUGGAAGGAUGUCACUGCAAUCACCAAAGAAAAAACAGCUCUUGUUAUUCCAAAUGCCAUAUUAGUCUGUACAGAAACUGAAAAGCUAUUUUUCACCUCUUUUGGUGCUAGGGACAAAGCAUACCUUAUGUUGUUUCGCGUUUGGCAAAAUGCUCUUAUGGGCCAACAAAUGUCAAUGCAGGAGAUGUGGCAGUGGGUGCAUGCUUGCUACGGGCAGGAGUUGGGUCUAACAAGUGAGGAUGAAGACUACAUUGAGCCUUUGCCCAUGGUAGAAGGAACUUCAAGACUUUCCAUGGAAUCAUUUUCUGAGGAUGGUUUAGUGACACCAGAGGAUUCUCUUCGUGCGGAGGACCUGAAGUCCCAUAUUACCUCUCCAGUUUCAAUAUCUGAUUUAGGGAAUGUAGAGAAAAGUGGAACUGUCCCUUCCAUCCAAACCACUCAACCAACUCCUCCGUUGUCAACUCCAUCGUCUGUAACAUCCCCAAACAACCUCUGUGUUAAUAAUCCUGAUACCCAACUUGAAACAGACAUGAGUGAUACUACUGAAUCAGAAGCUGACAAAGUACCUGAUCUCUUGGGUAUCUCUGGUGGAUCUGGUCAAUGUACAUCUCAGCAUGAGGGCAGACAGAUGCUCCGAGUUGUUCUGCCAGUUUCUGUAGAUCAGUUAUUUACUCUCCUGUUCACAAAUUCAAAGUUUUUUGUGGAUUUUCAUGUAUCACGAAAUUCAUCAAAUAUUAAGCCAUCUCCAUGGACUCAAAAUGCAAAGAAUGAACGGCUACGUACUUUGUGUCUUACUGUCAACAUAAACCAGGCAGUUGUGGGAAGAAGACAAUCUCAAAUCACAGAAAGCCAGGUCAUGUUAAAGUGUAGCAAACCUGGCAAAAUGUAUGCAAUUGAGUCUGAGUCUCAAAAUGCUGGAAUCCCUUAUGCUGAUUCUUUUGUAAUAAUAACACACUAUUGCCUCAACAAAGUCAGUGAGACAGAAUCUUCUAUAAUGGUGUUCUCUGACAUAAAGUACAAAAAAUCUGUUUGGGUUGUGAAGGGAUUUAUUGAGAAACACACAUGGGCUGGCUUAGAAGAGUUUUAUUCUUCACUAGACAAGGCGCUCCAAGCAGAAUGUUGUGUAGAUGAAGAAUUGAUUGCCGAGGAAGAAGUGGAAGUUCCUCCCAAAGUAAGGCGGCGUAUUCGAGGCUCAGCUCGUCGACUUUCUUCAACCCGACACGCUGAUGAAGCUAUGGUGCCAAGAUCUCGCUCUUCCACUGGAAGGCGUUCUCUACCUCGGGGCUCAGUUGGAGCUACAGAAAAUUGCUUUGACAGUGUUAAUUCAAGGCAAGUUGUUAGUUCAAGAUCAAACAGUGUGGAACCAGUUAACAUAGUAAUUUUGGGAAUACUUGUAUUGCUUCUCCUCAUGAAUGGAGCAUUGUAUUAUAAACUGCUGUGUUUCGAGCGUUGGUCAGCUGUUGAUCCUAUUCCUGUCAGCUUGAAUGAAGAUGUACAGUCAUUGAGCAAAAAUCCUCCUACCACCCAAGAGGAAUGGAUGCAUCUGGUACGAAAACAAGAGGCUCUGCAUACUUUAGAAAUGCAAAAAUGGCAAAAAAUAUUACAAACUUCAGUGAUUCUUCUCAGAGAGACAGAGGAUUCUCUGAAAGAACUUCAAUUAACCAUACAGCCAAGAGUGAAACACAAACUUACAUCAGCUAUUAAGGAGCUCACAAACAAUAUUGAUGCAAAUGAUCACAGUAAUUCAUAGCAGUGAAAUUUAUAAAUUCAUAGAAAUGUACCUUAUUACAUGAAUUUAUAAUAAUAGAUUAGAUUAAAUGUGAUAGCUUCAGCAAUUUUUAGGAACUAUUUUGAAUGCCUUACUACAAGUUUCUGUCAUUGGAUUUUUGAAGCAUCUGUUCAAAUCUCAUUUGCUAGAAGCUCAGGGGGCUUCUUUAGAGCAGUAGAUCUUUUUCAACAUACUUCAUUAGUGUAUUUGAUUUCACUUACUCUGCAAGUAUUUGUUCAAAUUAAAAAAUUUUCAAUUUUUGUACGUACUGAUGGCAGUUGCCUAUUUAUCUGCUGUAACAGUUCUCAAAGAAGCUGAGAGUCUUCUUCCUCUCUCGGCAUGUUGUCUUGCCUUUGUAAUAGAUUUGGUGCUGUAACACUGCUCAUUUGCUCUUAUGAAGUUAAUGUAUGUCUUAGAUAUAUGAUGCCAAUGGCAACCUGAACUUCACAUGUCAGGAACUGAGGUAGUUAAUUUUGAAGAUCAGUUCCUAAUGAAGUAUAUGUAUUUUAUGUAGAGCAAUUUGCAGCCAGUCAAAGCUGAUCUUCCUCCUGUUUUUAGGAAGUUGGAGCAGCGGAAGUGGUCCUGCCAUUUGCUAUGUACUAAAAUAGUACACCUGUUGAAUAAUCUGUAUUUGUUAUGUGCAUGUAUCAGUAUCUAUAUUUGAAGAUAUUGUUAAGUACAAAUAUAAUUUUAUUGUUGAACUGUUUUUUCAAAAUGGUUUUGUGGAAGAUUUCUUUUUGUAGUAAUUUGUUGAGUUCCAAGUUCAUUGGAGCAGCCCAUUGCAAUUUUGAUAGUCUUGUAAAUAAGUGGAGUGUAGGUGAAGCCGUUUUGUCAUGUUUUUAUUUAACUAUUUCUUUGUUGCAACUGACCACAUCUUGCAGGAUUGUUUUCAUUAUUGCAAGAUCUUAUCUAUUUGUUGUUUUUUUUUCAUUGGUGUCCUUUAUUGUACUUGCUUGUUAUAUUUUAGAUGUCAAAUCUCGGGAUUUCCAUAAUUGUUAUCAGCUACUUUCGUGUUGGGAGUCUUGAUCAGUUUAGCUUGUGCUCAGCUCAAGUUGGUUAAAAAGGGGGAUAAAAUUCAUAUCAUUCUUUUUAUUGGGGCUAAUCACUAAUUUAUUGCUGCCUGGUUUCCCUUUUGUAUAAUAAUCACUACCACAUUUAGUGACACGCUUAAAGGGGACCAUCUAUUUCAUCAAUCAUUUAAGGAAAGAGUUGCUUUUCAUCAAGCUUUUUAUUGCCCCAGUAACAGUGGUUGUUGUUCAGCUGGAGACAUUUAUCAAUAAAAUCUGAUCAAGUUAGUUAAUACGUAUAAACUUAAAACUUAUGCUAAAUUUCCUUCAAUUAAUGUAGUAUCUUACUCAUCCCACCAGUUAGGUUACUAUGACCUACAUGUUUUAUUUUAAUGAUAAUGGAAUGUUCGAGUUUAUGAAGGGACAACCUGGACUGUUUCUAAAAGCUUGUGAAGCGCACACUUUAGAAAUAAAAUGGUGUGCACAAUUUUGUUUGAUGGUAGGACUGGGCAAAUAUCCUGAAUGAAACUCAACUGAUGGGUUAAUUGCGCAUCUCUGCUGUUUAAGUGAUAUCUGUCUGUGGUACAUUGUAUUGUAGCUAGCUUGUGAUUGUUUCUUUUAUCUGUACUUACUAUAACUAGUCUUUACCACUAGUAGGUGCUGAACCAGAAAUGCAAAGUUAAUCUUUAUCUAUUUUGAGCAGAAAUAAAAUGCUGCAACCUGA